CAGCAGAGACAGAGCUCCUGUAAUGUCCUGUAACAUUCGGAGAUACCAGUACCGUAUGGCACCAUGAGACUCCUGAGAUGAUCCCUGCAUUUGAAGAAUGAUAGGUCCCUUCGUCAUGGCACAACAAACCGAUGCACCCCGGGCAGUAGUCUCACCUGCGAAGCCACAGUGGAGCACAGCGGAGCCCCUCAGCGCACUACGCUAACUGAGAGAUCCCGGGAGGACAGAUUUAUACCCCGGUGUACUUUACCAUGGAGGAGAACCGGGAACAGUAACUUAGAGAAGCAUACAGUAUCCACGACAAUACCAGUCAUCGCAAUGACCCGCUAAAAUCCUACCGCCGAUGCUUUCUCUGGAGAGUGGAUUGACCAUCUCCUAAGAGCGGAGGAGACGACCAGAGGCCUUUAUUCGUUUAUUUCAGUCUUCAGAUGGACCGAGUGCCCUUGGCACUGGACGCUAAGAUGCGCUGGAUCACGUUGAUGCUUGCCGGCUUGACUUUUUGGGGAAAAGUGACUAUUUGUAACUGCUUCGACUACGAAGAGUCAGACUAUUAUUAUUAUGAAGAGGAGAGAGCGGAGAACAUUGACUACAAAGACCCAUGCAAAGCUGCUGCAUUCUGGGGCGACAUCGCUUUAGAUGAGGAGGACCUGCGGAUGUUCCAGAUUGACAGGACAAUAGACCUGACACAACAUGCGCACAUGGACACACACUCACGACAGGGGCACACGUCUGGUGGCCUGGAGGAACAUGAAACUGCAAAGAAGAGAGGAUCGUUGUACCUGCUGCUAGAAAGAAUACAGAGAUUUGCUUUUGACUAUCUUCCUAAGAAUGCCAGCAAGAGAGACGCAAGUCCCAAAACUGGGAAAGGUGGAAAGACUGGGAACACUGUCAAGAGCCGUAUUCGUCGAGCAGCCACAUCCCGAGCUGAGAGGAUAUGGCCCGGAGGAGUUAUUCCUUACGUCAUUGGAGGAAACUUCACUGGUAGUCAGAGGGCUAUGUUUAAGCAGGCCAUGCGUCACUGGGAAAAACAGACGUGCGUAACGUUCAUUGAGAAGACGGACGAGGAAAGCUAUAUAGUGUUCACCUACAGACCCUGCGGGUGUUGUUCCUAUGUGGGUCGUCGUGGCAACGGGCCCCAGGCUAUUUCCAUAGGCAAGAACUGUGACAAGUUUGGCAUCGUGGUGCACGAACUGGGCCAUGUCAUUGGCUUUUGGCAUGAGCACACGCGGCCUGACCGUGACGAUCAUGUGACCAUCAUUCGGGAUAAUAUCCAGCCAGGCCAGGAGUAUAACUUCCUCAAGAUGGAGCCAGGGGAGGUCAACUCUCUUGGGGAGCCAUAUGAUUUUGAUAGCAUCAUGCACUACGCCAGGAACACCUUCUCACGGGGGAUGUUCCUCGACACCAUCCUUCCAUCCAGAGAUGACAAUGGGGUCCGACCUGCUAUUGGCCAGCGGGCCAGGCUCAGUAAGGGAGACAUUGCACAGGCAAGGAAGCUGUAUAGAUGUCCAGCAUGUGGAGAGACGCUCCAAGAGUCAACGGGUAACUUCUCGUCUCCUGGUUACCCCAACGGAUACCCUUCAUACACUCACUGUGUCUGGAGAAUAUCUGUUACACCCGGAGAGAAGAUUGUUCUCAAUUUCACCACCAUGGAUCUGUAUAAGAGCAGUCUGUGCUGGUAUGACCACAUUGAAGUUCGGGAUGGUUACUGGAGGAAAGCUCCUCUGCUUGGCAGGUUUUGUGGAGAUAAAGUUCCUGACGUCUUGACUUCCACCGACAGCAGAAUGUGGAUUGAGUUCCGCAGCAGCAGUAACUGGGUGGGAAAAGGUUUUGCCGCCAUUUAUGAAGCGAUCUGUGGAGGGGAGAUCUACAAAGACUCAGGACAGAUCCAGUCUCCCAACUAUCCCGAUGACUACAGACCCUCCAAAGAGUGUGUGUGGAGGAUCACAGUGUCUGAGGAAUACAAUGUCGGGCUCAGUUUCCAGGCCUUCGAGAUUGAGAGGCAUGACAGCUGUGCGUACGACUACCUGGAAGUUCGUGAUGGCGCUCUGGAGACCAGCCCUCUGAUUGGUCGAUUUUGUGGCUAUGACAAACCUGAAGAUGUGCGCUCUACGUCCCACACACUCUGGAUGAAGUUUGUUUCAGAUGGGACGGUUAACAAGGCCGGUUUUGCUGCUAACUUUUUUAAAGAGGAGGAUGAGUGUGCCAAGCCAGACAGUGGUGGAUGUGAACAGAGGUGUGUAAACACCCUCGGCAGCUUCAAGUGUGCUUGUGACCCGGGCUAUGAACUGGCUCCAGACAAGAAGAGCUGUGAAGCGGCAUGUGGCGGUCUUCUCUCUAAGUUGAAUGGGACCAUCAGCACUCCUGGUUGGCCUAAAGAAUAUCCACCCAACAAGAACUGUGUGUGGCAGGUGGUUGCUCCCACACAGUAUCGCAUCUCUAUGCAGUUUGAGGCUUUUGAGCUGGAGGGUAAUGAGGUGUGUAAAUAUGACUACGUGGAGGUGCGGAGUGGCCUCUCAUCUGACUCUAAGCUGCACGGUAAAUACUGUGGCACCGAGGUCCCUGAGGUCAUCACCUCUCAGUACAACAACAUGAGGAUUGAGUUCAAGUCGGACAAUACGGUUUCCAAGAAGGGCUUCAAGGCUCACUUCUUCUCAGACAAAGAUGAGUGCAACAAGGACAACGGCGGCUGCCAGCACGAGUGCAUCAACACACUGGGCUCUUACGUUUGUCAGUGUCGCCAUGGCUUUGUACUGCAUGAGAACAAACAUGACUGUAAGGAAGCUGAGUGUGAGCAUAAGAUCCACAGCCCCACUGGGACCCUGAGUAGCCCUAACUGGCCAGACAAGUAUCCCAGCCGUAAGGAGUGCACCUGGGACAUCACAGCCACGCCGGGGCACCGAGUCAAGAUUACCUUCACUGAAUUUGAGAUCGAGCAACAUCAGGAGUGUGCGUACGACCACCUGGAGGCCUUUGACGGGGACAGUGACACAUCAGCCAUCUUGGGUCGACUAUGUGGUGGUAAAAUUCCCGAGCCGCUGGUCUCCACUGGAAACAGAAUGUACCUCCGCUUCAUCUCUGAUGCCUCAGUACAAAGGAAGGGCUUUCAAGCUACACAUUCCACAGAAUGUGGAGGUCGUCUGAAAGCAGACUCUCGUCAGAAGAACCUCUACUCCCACUCCCAGUUUGGAGACAAUAAUUACCCAGGUCACGCUGACUGCGAGUGGCUGCUGAUGGCUGAACAGGGCUACAGCAUCGAGCUGAGCUUUAUCACUUUUGAGGUAGAGGAGGAAGCUGACUGUGGUUAUGACUACAUUGAGCUGUACAACGGAUAUGAUGCUAACUCGCAUCAGCUCGGCCGCUUCUGUGGUUCAGGGCCCAGGGAGGAGAUUUAUUCGCCCGGAGAUGCCAUGUUGAUCCGUUUCCAUACCGAUGACACUAUCAGCAAGAAGGGCUUCCACAUCCGCUACACGAGCACCAAGUUCCAGGAGAGCUUUCACACCAGGAAAUGACCUCACAUGCAGCCCGUGGCCUCUGACCUCUGUGCAGCCCCACCACUGUUAACCUGACCUUCACCAUGGCAAUGAGAAAAGUACAGCCUGUCCUGUCAUCUCAGGCCCAUGGAUAGAUGAGAACAUUUGUGGAUGUUCGCCAGCCACCAAAGGAAGACGAUACUGAUGCGAACAUUUGUCUCUCCUGUGGCUCCUCACAGGUCAUCGCACUCUUGAGAUGAGACAGGAAAUACAAUUACAUAUCAGUAUGAGGUUCAACAAAUGUGGGGAAAUGUGCUGUGAGCCUUUUUUGUGGAGGAGAUGAGUUUCAUAACUGCACAUCAAUCUGCCCUAGUUCAGUGUGGAAAGGAAAGAGGGCUGCAGAAGAUCCAGGUCAGUUAACAGAGAUCCUCAUGGUUUCACAAAUUCAGAAUUAUAAACUAUGGAUGUUAAAGGAACUAAAGAACUACAAGUAAAUGCAUCUAACAGGGGAGUUUGGUGUGUUUUCUGACUCCUUAAUCUUUGAACUCUGCAAAGUACUGUGAUCAAAUGGCUGCUUAUCACCCACAGUGACUGAAAGGAGACCCUAAAUAGACAUUUUUAUUGCCUUUGCUGCCUGGGAACUAGUCUCUUCAACCCAGCUCAGAAUGGCUGCAGAUGAUUUUAUUUCGUGUCUUAUUGUAAAACCUAUUGUGUUUACUGUGUGUGUAUGUGUGUGUAUGAGUGUACAGAGAAGGCUGAAGACUGUCUUUUGCUCUUUUUGCUUAAUGCUUCUGCAGACAACAGUGAUGGAAUGGAAAAAAUAAAUAAAUAAAUAAAACUUGUAAGAGGAGGAUUGUCAAAUGAUCUGUGAUGUUAAUGUUUAAGCCUUGCAUUAUGUUGUGCGUGUGUGUGUCUGUACAUUUCAAGUUUGCACCUUCUUAUAACAAACUUUCAUGGAUGUUUCCUCUUCACCCCCUAAUAAUCAUGAUUUUGUUUGUGGAUAUUGGAAGGGAAUAUUUUUCACAGCUGUCUCUUGGAGCGACGCUGUUCUGACUGACAGAGAGAUUCCCAUGGUGCUAAAAUAAAAAUACACUGAAUGAAGGUUUUCAAAUGGAGACAUGGUCAGCGUGCAAACAGCACACUGCAUCAACAGCACUAGUCCGGUGGAACUACAGUUUUGCCUUAGAGCCAAAUGUAUGCCCUCUUGAGGUCUCUCCUAUGUUCUUGCACAGGUGUCUUGUGUCAGUAGUGUUUGCAAGGUUUACUAGCAGCAUAUCUCAUUUGUUUGGAGGUUUUGAAUGGUUUUACUAUUGUGUGUGUGUGUGUGUGUGUGUGGGGCGGGGGGACAUACAUACACACAUGCUUAUAGAUCCACGUUGCGUUGUCCCGACCAUCUUUGAACACAGUGAAAUCCUCUCUGUAAAUUGUGAGUGUGGAGAACAAAGUGUUUUUAAGUUGUGGAGGAGUAUCAGGGGCAUACAGGCUGUAUCAUUUCUGUGUUAAAUACAUACAGUGUGUGUUUAUAGGAGAUUGUAGAGAACUAAUGUGUGUGUAUGUCUGUAAGCUGUAUGUAUUUUAGUUGAAUCAUUCAUUCAUUGCUGUAUGUGCCAAGCUCCAGGUGGCCCCGAUCCACAGUAGUUUCUGUCUAUCAACUUGAUGUCCUCUGCAUUGGCCAUUAAA